UCUAUGGUUGUCAAAAGUUGUGAAAUAAUCAAGUUAUGUAUAUGUGAUGUGGUGUGAAGUAAAUCCUAUUGUUUAUUGUACUUUCUAUUUGUGUCCUGCAUAUUGCUAAUUAUCUGGCCAACGAGUGUUGCAAAAAGCACUGUUGUACUCGCCCAUCUUAAAUCCCUAAACUUUGCCACAAUGACAAUGGGCGAUGAACUGCCUGUCACUUCUUUGGUUUUGCCCGUUCUUAUUCGUCCUGUGUUAACUCAGUUGGAGAAAUAUGAUUUGGGCGCGUCUCAGACAUUACGAGCAGCUCUUACUAAGGCGGAGGCUGCCGUGCCAGGGCUUAAUUAUGAUUUGGUGGCCGGGAUAAUGCGAAGAGCUGAUAUACCUGUCAAUAUGAAUGAGAGUUUACUGCGCUUGCAGGGAGCUCUUACAGAAUCAGAAUGUGCUGAUCUAAGGCUGAACAGGUCUGAGGAGGCAUUCCAAGAACUAAACAAGAAAUCUACCGCAUUGAAGAAAAUUUUGAGCCGCAUUCCUGAUGAAAUAACAGACAGAAAAACAUUCCUGGAAACUAUUAAAGAGAUUGCAUCAGCUAUCAAGAAGCUUCUGGAUGCUGUCAAUGAGGUAUCUCAAUACACCCCCGGUCCCGGCAAACAAGUGCUAGAACAAAGGAAAAGGGAAUUUGUCAAAUACUCUAAAAGGUUUUCAAACACAUUGAAGGAGUACUUCAAGGAAGGACAGGCCAAUGCUGUGUUCGUGAGUGCUCUUUAUUUGAUCCACCAGACAAACCAAAUCUUAUAUACCGUAAAAAAUAAGUCUGAAUAACUUUAUCACUUGUGUAAUAGAUUUAAUUUUACUAAUUUGUCUUAAUCUUCCCGUUCAAGUGUAUUAGUUACAUAUGAAUUAAAAGUGGAUAUGGGGUUAAAUACCUAGUUAAUCAAAAGUUAAAAAAAGUAUAAGUAGGUAUAG